UUUGUGUACGUGCACAGCUGAACAGUAUUUUGCGUGGUGCGUGAGAGAAGAUUGAAAAAUCGAGAGAAUAAGUUUUUAUGUUCAUUGUCAAUUAAAAAGGUCAUGAUAAAAAACUAAUUGUAUUUGUAUACAAUACUCACAAAAAUGUCUGGUUCAAUGAUUCGUCUGCGUCCUUUUAUAAGAAAUAUAAGAGGAUUUAAGACCAACUCUAUUUUACGAGAUACUAAAACGUCAGAAUCGGGAUCAAGUACUCAGGGAACAUCUAACCAACCUAAAUAUAAUACAGAUUCUGUCAGUCCUACCAAUUUUCAAAAAAGAAUUUUAGUAUUUUCAAAAAAAUAUCCUAGCAUUAAGGAUGUGCCUGAUCGUGUUCCAGUUGAUCUUAUGCAAACUGCCAUGAGUAAAUGUCGAAUUCGUAUUGCCAAUUGGAUGAUGGUAUUCACAAUAUUGGGUUGUAUAGUAAUAAUAUCCAUGGGUAAAAUGAGAAAAAGUGAAAAAAUGGAAGAAAUGAAAACACAACACGAUGAAAUACGUCGUCAAAUUACUGCUGAAUAUAAAAAUAGCUUGAAACAGCAAACUGAUAUAAAAUAAUUAUCAUAUUUAAAGAACUAAUGUAUUAUAGUUAACAGGUCAAUGUUAAUAAUUUUAUCGAUCAAUAAUAACAACUAUUUUUAUUCAAUGUAAGCUAUAAAAAUUCUUAAUUUUUGCUUUUUUUGUAAUUAUUUUAUCUAUGUACAAUGUAAACUGUAUGUAAAAAAGAAAAAAUAUGAUAAAAAGUUUUAUAAAGAUGUAUAUAA